AUAAAUAUUAAAAGCUAAUAGUUUGACAGCUAGGUCAAAUAUUAAUAUAAAAAUAUUAUUUUAAUUAUGCAAUCGAAUGUGCAGUAUUCAGCCUAGCGGCUUCAGCGUGCAACCAUAAUCGCGUUUGAAUCACGCCUGUGCACCAUGAAAGUUUCCGAGCACUUAAAUUGCUUCUAAACCGGCAUAACACGUGUUAAGACACAUAAGGAUCAGCUACUUGGCUAUAUAAUCAAAAAAUUACCGAGAAACAGGUGGAAACUGAGUUCAAGACCCACUUAGGGUUGUAGCACCCCGAGAUUAUUAUUAUAAACAUUUUAACUUUAUUAACACAUCACAAUAAUACUUAAGAGAAAUACCUUAAAUGCCGAUAUCAAGAGAAAAAAUACAACAAAAACUGCCAUUGCGUUACAUAUGAAGUGUAUUACUGAAAAUGGGCGAAUGAUAUUGGAUUUGUUUAAAAAUACUGUUUGUUUUGGGAAAAGCGAUUUAAGAUAUUUGACUCUAUGUUUAUAAAAUAGGCAAGUUAUAUAUAUAAUGUUAAUUAGUCGCCACAGUACUUUCAUUACAUUCACAAUGCAGACUGGAGUUGUUAUUUUUGUCAUCAAUAUUCUACUUGUUGAAGGGAGAAUGAUACUGACAAAGUACGAAGCGGAAGCAUCAACGAUUGAUCAAGAAUCAAAUCCUCUGUCGAUGACAAAUUUCGACAAAUCACAGGAAAGAUUUACAGAAUUAAAAUCAUUGGACCGUGAGGAAAACGAUAGUUCUUACGAAACUGAGUACGACAGGAAAACGGAUGACAAAAUUAAAAAGCCAUGCUCCAUAGUGGUGUUAUCACACAUCCAAAACCCGAGUUUGCAGUCAUUAUUGAGAAAGUACCGAUACGAUGCAAAUGGCAUCCUGAUACCCAGUAGCGUGAAGUACUUCAUCAAGAUGCCACAAGGUUUAAAGUCCUCACCGCUACUAGUGCCGUUAAACGACAAGUCGUAUUCACCACUGGGCAGUUUUGUAAGAUAUUAUAAGGAAGUGCCGCCGAUUCCGCAAGCUUGGUAAAUGAUACAACAAUCAUCGUUAGAAAACCCAUUUUGUAUUUAGUAUAGGAUGAAUAAACUUGAAAUCUUA